UAUAUUUGUCCUUUGAGAACCUAGAAAAUGGUCUCUUGUUAGACGACUUUUUGCUCUGCAACACAAAAUCUAAUUCCCCCUUUUUUCUCAUUUCUUUAUUUAUCCAAUUUUCACCACUAUUUCUCUCUCCUCCUCGUCCCCUCCAAAAAAAAAAAACAAAUUCCUGAGAAUUAGGGUUUUAGAUAGGACAUAGAAACCUUAAUUACUUUCGAAUGUUGGUAAAAUGGAGGUGAUACAGAACCAAUUCGGACAUCAAAAUCAGCUUGCGAUUAUGGAGGAAGAGGAAGACGACGACAGCGCCCCCUUUGACGCUGACGAAUUCAGCGCCAGAGGAGAUAGCGCCGGCGAAGAGACGCAUGUCAGCAAAGAGAUUCCUGGUAAUGUGAAUAGACCUUGUUCAGCUUCGUCUUCUAUGUCUUCUUCUUUGAUUAGAAGGAGAACUAGUGAGCUUACUAUUGCCUUUGAAGGCGAAGUCUAUGUCUUCCCUGCUGUCACUCCUGAUAAGGUGCAAGCUGUUUUAUUACUCUUGGGAGGGCGCGACGUGUCAACCAGUGUGCCUACAUCAGAGUUUCUACUCCAGCAACGUAAUAUGACACUAGGAGAUCCGUCCUGUGGCCAGAAAAUCUCUCAUAGAAUUGCUUCUUUGGUUAGAUUUCGAGAAAAGAGGAAAGAAAGAUGUUUUGAUAAGAAAAUCCGGUAUACAUGCCGGAAAGAAGUUGCUCAGAGGAUGCAUCGGAAAAAUGGACAAUUUGUAUCAUUGAAGGAUGGGUUUAAACUGGCUGCUGUAAAUUGGGAUCCUAAUGGUGGUACACCACCUCCACAAUGUGUCCCACGCAGUUGUCAGCACUGUGGAAUUAGUGAGAAGUCUACACCAGCUAUGCGUAGAGGCCCAUCUGGUCCAAGGACACUUUGUAAUGCUUGUGGGCUUAUGUGGGCAAACAAGGGAACAUUGAGAAAUCUUUCAAAGGCAGGGAGGAUUAUACCAUUUCAGGGUGACCCAGUAUGUGAUUUGCAGGACCCUCCAAGUGAUGUAAAGCCUCUAGCCACCGAGCCUGACAAUUCCUACGUUAACCAAGAAAUGCAGAGAAGCCCAGAGGAGGCAAAGCCUCUCCCUUCUGAAUCAGGAAAAACCUCGACUGAGGAUGAGCAGGAUUUUCUGGAGAAUGAUGAAGCAGUAACAAAUGAUUCUGCAGUCUCCUUGCAAAACGCAUCAGUUGAUCUCGCUGAGCAGGAGGCACUGGAGGAAGUUACCAAUGAUUCUGGGACAGAAUUUGAGAUUCCUACAGGCUUUCAUGAGUCUAUGGGAGCUUUUUACUGACUUAACCGUGAUUAUUGGGAAGGCUGCAACACAUUUUUCAUUUGGGUUGCAACUUGCCAUAGCAAAGUACUGCUUGAGUAAUUGGUACAUGUAUAUUAGUAGUGUUUAACGCAUCAAUAACCUACAGAACUGUGAAGCUAAUUUUCCAAUCUGUUGUUUGUAAGAGGGGACUACAUCCCUUUACUACAAGCAGUAGAUUUUAAGGCUGUACGUAAAAACAGUAGAUCCACUUGUGUACCAUUUGUAACCUAUAAGUUACUGAGCUUAAAUUAUUUUGUAGAA